AUGCAGAUCGCCCAGAAACCGUCGUCACUGGCCAGGGCUCAGGCAGACAUUCUGAUUCCCGGGAAAGGGGGGCCCAUUGCCAAUGGCGUCGUGGUGUGGAAAGGCAACACCAUCGUCUAUGUAGGCGCCCAGGACAAUCUGCCGGAAGAGUAUUGCACGCUCCCUUACAGUGAACACAAGGUGAUCAUGCCCGGCAUGUGGGAUUGUCACAUCCACUACCUGGGGGCUACUUCGGUGAUGAUGGAGACAUUCACGACUACCUCGCAGUCGUUGGCGGGAGCGAGGAGUGUCCCGGACCUGCGCAAUACGGUCAUGGCCGGAUUCACAUCGGUGCGAGAAGUUGGCGGGUACGGGUGCGAGCUGGCAAAGGCAGUGAAGGAGGGAGCGAUCAUGGGGCCAACCAUCUACAGCUCUCACAGUGCCAUCAGUAUGACCGCUGGUCAUGGUGAUAUCCACAAUGUUCACCUCGAAGGAUUCAAAGACCUCUGCGCGCACGGGUUGCCGUUCACCAUUGCGGACGGGGUGGACGAGUGCAUCAAAGCCGUACGCUUGCAGCUUCGUCGGGGUGCCCGGGUCAUCAAGGUCUGUGCUAGCGGUGGCGUGGUGAGCGAGCUAGACGAUCCUCGUCAUCAGGAAUAUUCUUUGGAGGAGUUGAAAGCCAUUGUCGAUGAAGCCAGGCGAGUUGAACGGGUGGUGGCGGCGCAUUGUCACGGCAAGGCGGGAAUCAUGGCUGCUUUGGAAGCGGGAUGUGCCACCAUCGAGCAUGGCAGCUAUCUGGACGAAGAAGCCAUCGACAUCAUGGUGAAGAAGGGGGUGCUCCUUGUAGCGACCAGGUCUAUCCUGGAAGGGGGGUUGGAGUCGCCCGAGCUCUUCUCUCCUGGCUCGUACGCCAAACUCGUGCAAAUUGCCGAUUCUCAUGCGCAAGCAUAUGCGUUGGCGGCCAAGAAGGGGGUCCGGAUCGCCUUGGGCACCGACAUGGCCCUCAGUGGGCGGUCGGGCGCUCUCUCGUACGGGAGCAACGGCCGUGAAGUCGUUUUUGCCGUCGAUGCCGGCCUCAGCCCUCUACAAGCGAUUGAAGCUGCCACUGCCAAUGGACCGCUGACCAUUGGGCCCCAAGCGCCACUCUCAGGUCAGUUGAGGGAAGGGUACGAGGCUGACAUGAUUGCCUUGACUCACAAUCCAUUAGACGAUGUCAAGGUCCUGGCAGAUGCGAACAACGUGUCACAUGUCUGGCAGCAAGGGAAACUGAUCAAGUCACCAUAGCAGAGGAAGCCAUCGAUUUAGAUAUAGGAAUUGUUUGAGAGACACGUGGCCAGGGAGAUCUACAGAAGAUGUGAGGCUUGGUUCUCAUAUUGAUCUAGCAUGUCAGCAUGUCUUAAAGUACUCGGCUUACAUCGUUCCAUGCAAUUCCGGCCGCUGGGUCGAUAAUGCCUCUGUCGUUUCCG